AAGCGGCAGAUAAAGGAAGAGAUGUAUUGUUAAGAAACAGAGCAAUGCUCAUCUCAGACUAUGAGGCAUUAGGGGAUAUAAGAUUUAGGCCACCGGAACCUGAGCUGGAAUACAUAGUUUAUGUAGGGCAUUCAAAAAGUUUUGAAGAUUGGUCAGAGGGAAGAAAGCAUUUUAGAGGUGACGAAUUUUCCUUAUUGAAAUAUGAAAUGGAUAAAAAAUAUGAUACUUCAAUACCGAAUGAGUUUGAUACUUCUUUACCUUUGGAUAAAGGUUUUAAAGAAUUUCAACAGAGAUUAAAUAAAUGGUUGAAUAGAUUGGAUGAAACAGCUCAAAAGGUCGAUGAAUUACGAAAAAACAUGCAGACAAUGUUUAAAGAAAUUAUGGAAAAGAUAGAAAAUUAA